AUGGGGGACCUGCCCCAAAGCCAGGCCCAAGACUCGGUGUUCCUCCUGUCGGUCACGGGUCAGAUCGAGAGCGGGGAUUUCCCGGGCAUGGACGAUCUGUACUGCAGGUACCAGUACGUGUACGGGCAGGACUGGGUCGUCACGAACGGGCUGGGAGAGGGGAUCUCCCAGGUGACGAAGCGGGGAUUCGGCGAGGGCGGGUCGCCGCCCUUCACCUGGAAUUUCCCGUUGGAGGUGACGCUGAAGAGCACGAAUCCGUUCGGGUGGCCGCGGCUGGUGGUGAGCGUGUACGGGCUGGACUUCCUCGGGCGGGACGUGGCCCGCGGGUACGGUUCGUGCGUGGUACCGCUGAGUCCGGGCCCGCACAGGAGGCGGGUGGCGAUGUUCGUCCCGACCUCGGCGUCGGUCUUGGACGGGCUGUCGGGGUGGCUCACGGGGAGGAGGCCGGAGUACAUCGACAGUCGGGUUGUGGCGAGUGGAGACGGGAGGGAUGCGACGAGGGUGAGGACGCAGGGGUACGUCGUGGUCGGCUUCAACGUGGUGACGAAGGAUCUGAGGAAGUUGGGGUAUGUGGCGGCGGUGGGGGGAGCCAGGUCGGGUGGGACUGCCAUAUGA